AUGGAAAGUUGCGAUUUCAUCUUACUUGCUGCGUCUUUGACAUUGCCAGCGGUGUUCUUCAACGUACCCCAAGCUCCACCAGCGGCAUCUUUAACCGUAUCGCCGGCAGCCUCGGCGCCGCUUCUCGCAGCAUGGGCUGCUUCUCCUAAACCUUCACGGGCUCUAGCGGCUGCUGCAUUCGCUUCUUCUCUCGUCCAUUCGGCUCCGUCAGAGAUCGCGGCUCCAGCUCCGUGGACAACUUCACCAGCUUUGUCGGCUGUCCAAUGUGCAGCUCCUGAAGCCGUGUCCUUUACAGCAGCGCCGGCAUCUCCAAUAACUUCGCCAGUUUUCUGCAAUGUUCCACCAAUAACUUCGCCAGUUUUCUGCAGUCCUUGAGCGGCGUGAUCUUUGACCGAAGUUGCUGCAUUACCUACAGCACCCACAACGCUUCCAGCAAGGCCUUGAGCAGUGUCUGCUACUUUUCCGCCCACUUGUUGAUACGUCCAGCAGCUUGAUGGAAUUGAUCUCUUACAUUGCUGGCGAACGUGGCCAAGAACUUCAUUUGCGUCUCUGGCACUUUGAUACAAGUAGUGUUCGAUUUUACCAGCCGCAUUCACUGAAACGAUUUUCACUGAUCCUUCGCAAUCAUCGGGACGUGACGGCACUGGCGCCGCUAUGCAACCGGGACUGGCACGGAAUUCGUUGCCCCGGCCUGCGUCAUCACUGCGGGAUGGACGCUGUGGUAUGCAACCAUUGUACGGUACCGGCUGCUGAGGUGGUGGGGAAGGAUAGCAUGGAGUACGUUGUGGCUGUGGCGGAUAUGUUGGUUGACAAUUGUAGUACUGUUGCCGUUGAGGAGUAUAGGUAGGAAUGCAGUUUGUACGUCGUUGAGGUGGAGGUGUUGGUAGUGGUGGACGAGGUGUCGUAGUCGGACGACAGUUCACCCGCCUAGCGUAAACGGGUGGCGGAGGGUAA